UGUAUAUAUCUGUUUCUCUUUAAAAGCGUUCAGAAAAGGAAUCCCAGACCAGAAAACUUGCGUACAACUAUAUAUGUAAAUCUCUGCGUCUUUUGUUAGAAAUUAAAGAAGAAGAGAAUUCAGGUGGCGCGUCUUAUUUGGAUACCAGUUUUCUACAAUGGAGCUCUUCUACUUAAUGGUGUUCGGGGCAUUGGCAGCGGUGGUGGCUGCAUUAGAGCUAAGCAAGAACAACAAGGAUCGAAUCAACACGUCCCCUGCUUUCAAUUCCUUUAAGAACAAUUACCUUAUUGUUUACUCUCUCAUGAUGGCUGGAGACUGGCUGCAGGGUCCGUAUGUUUACUAUCUUUACAGUACAUAUGGCUUUGGAAAAGGGGACAUUGGACAGCUUUUUAUUGCUGGUUUUGGAUCCUCCAUGGUUUUUGGGACAAUUGUAGGAUCUCUAGCUGACAAACAGGGCCGGAGGAGAGCAUGUGUUACUUACUGCAUAACGUACAUACUUAGCUGUAUCACCAAGCAUUCUCCUGAGUACAAAGUUUUGAUGGUCGGUCGAGUUUUGGGAGGUAUCGCCACCUCUCUUCUGUUUUCAGCAUUUGAAUCAUGGCUUGUUGCCGAACAUAAUAAGAGGGGCUUUGAGCAACAAUGGUUGUCACUAACAUUUUCAAAGGCAAUAUUUCUUGGGAAUGGUCUUGUUGCCAUUGUGUCUGGGCUGUUUGGGAACCUACUUGUUGAUUCACUUUCCCUUGGACCUGUGGCUCCUUUUGAUGCCGCUGCAUGCUUUCUUGCUAUUGGGAUGGCCAUUAUUUUAUCAUCAUGGACUGAAAACUUUGGAGACCCCUCAGAAAAUAAGGACCUUCUUACCCAAUUCAGGGGGGCUGCUAUAGCAAUUGCUUCUGAUGAAAAAAUUGCUUUGCUGGGUGCCAUUCAGUCCCUGUUUGAAGGUUCGAUGUACACCUUUGUGUUCCUUUGGACCCCUGCUUUGAGCCCCAAUGAUGAGGAGAUUCCUCAUGGUUUUAUCUUUGCCACAUUCAUGUUGGCUUCAAUGUUGGGAAGCUCGCUUGCAUCUCGAUUAAUGGCUCGCUCUUCACCCAGGGUUGAAAGCUACAUGCAGAUUGUUUUCGUGAUUUCCUCUGCCUCUCUACUGCUUCCGAUUGUAACUAAUCAGUUCUUGGUGGCACCUUCUAAAGAGAAAGAUGGAAGUAUCUCAUUUGCAGUUUGUCUCCAGCUUCUCGGCUUCUGCACUUUCGAGGCUUGUGUAGGCAUAUUCUGGCCAUCCAUUAUGAAAAUGAGAUCCCAAUACAUCCCGGAGGAGGCUAGGAGCACAAUCAUGAACUUUUUCCGCAUUCCUCUCAAUAUAUUUGUCUGCGUCGUGCUGUACAAUGUUGACGCAUUUCCCAUCACUAUUAUGUUCGGUAUGUGCUCGAUUUUCCUCUUCGUGGCAUCUAUCUUGCAAAGACGGCUGAUGGCAAUUUCCGACAAACCAAAGACUGAAAGUUGGACAGCCAUGGACCCUGAGGCCGAGCCACUGAAUGACUAGUGAUGUUGAACGGAUGGACGGACGGAUAGGCCUGUAGACCAUUAAGUAUCGUAUUCAGGUCGGGGGAAAAAAACAACGGUAACUUCAUUCCUCAUACCGUUGCAAUUCCUACUUGUUUGAUGGAGGAUUGUAGUUUUUGGUUUUAAUAGUAGAAGAGACUACAAUAUAUCUUCAACAAAAUAGUGGUCUGCCCAGUAAAGAAAUUUAGGCCACUUAAUUUCCAUAAUUGUUCUUUGGCUGUUUUUCAGUAGAUCACAUUACAGUAAUUAAAAUCCCUUUCUAUA